AUGGAAAUGAACUGCUGUCUGCCGAACAACACGAGCAGUAAUGAGCAUCCCCUUACCAGAGAACAUGGGCUUCCCCAUCUUGAACACCCUUCCGAAAAAUACUCUCUAAAUUGGAAAAUCAAUCAGGCGGGGCUAGGAUGGCUGAGUCUGGGCAACUACUUCGGGUACUCCACCGUGCUGAUCAAGGUCAGAAAGAUCCAGAAGCCGCAGAACGGCUUUCCAAUGCUACAGCCGGCUUUUCACCCGAACAUUAUUGGCUUGGUAGAGGCAUUCUAUGAUGAAGGUGUUGUCUACCUGACUUACAAUUAUAGUGGUCUUGUAGUGAGCCUGGCGCAAGUUGUAUCCACUCCUACAGUCAAGGUUAACGAGCUUGAGAUUGCGACCAUCUGUUGGGACGUUUUACGAGGCCUUGAGUAUUUGCACAAGACUCUUGAUAUGGGACAUGGGAAUAUUGAUAGCUCUAACAUCGUUUUGUUCGCUGACGGAACCAUCAAGAUCGCAAACAUUGGGGAUUCCAUGUUAGAGGAUACCCAGACAAGUUUCAUUGACGAUCGUGAAAGUCUUGCCUCUUUAUUACUUGGACUUGACCAGCCAACGAAUCAUGUCUCGAGGGUCACAGGAGAACAAACCCACAAAGUAACCUUAUCGACAUAUGCAUUGCAUUUUAUCGAGAAUCUAGGACCGGCAUCAUAUUCGUAUCUAUUUGAGGUAGGGCCCAAAGAAUACUAUCUCGACAAGAGCUGA